AUGUCCGCCAACGAAAAGAGCAACGGCACGCCACCUCCCCUCCCCAGCCCUCGCGCGCUUUCCACCGCGGCUGAAGCGCGCGUCCCGCCUCGCGCCAAGAACGCGGCGGCCCCGGCCUCCAAGCGCAAAGCGCGUGCCGCUCCCCAGAAGCUGUCGCACUCCGACGAGCCGCGCACCGCGCAUGCCGGAACCUCGCUCCCGCACAUCCUGCUCAUCCACUGCGGCGGCACCUUCGGCAUGGACACGGUGUCGUCCUUCGACGCGUCGGGCACGCUGCGCCGCGGCGGCAACUACAAGACGGGGCUGCGCCCGGGGCCGCUGCUGGCGAACAUCCUCGACAACUUCCCAGAGCUCCGCUCGCUCGCCACGUUCCAGGUCAACGUCCCGCUCAACCUGGACUCCUCGCGCCUCGGGCCGCCGCACUGGAUCAAGCUGGCCAAGCUGCUCGACCGCAACCGCGACAACUUCGACGGCUUCGUCAUCAUCCACGGCACCGACACCAUGUCGUACACGGCCAGCGCGCUCUCGCUUAUGCUCGCGGGCUUCCGCAAGCCCGUCGUCUUCACCGGCUCGCAGAUCCCCAUGGCCAUGCCGCGGUCGGACGCGCGCCAGAACUUGGUCGACGCCGUCACCGUCGCCUGCGCGGAUCAGCUGCAGGAGUUUGCCUUGUGUUUUGGGGGGACCUUGUUGCGUGCCAAUAGGGCUCUCAAGACAAAGUCCUCGGCAUACAGGGCGUUCAGCUCGCCCACCUAUCCGCCGCUGGCGACGCUCGGCGUCGACAUCGAGUGGGACUUUUCAGCCUUGUGGAAGGACCCCGGCGUGUACAGGCCGCGCAUCAAGCUGGAACGCAACGUUGUGCGCAUCCCGGUCGUCCCAGGCCUCAGGCCGCAGAUAGGGUACGGUGAUUUGGUGGCUCGCGGCGUGCGUGGCGCCGUCAUUGAGGCGUUCGGCGUCGGCAAUUUGCCAGACCAGAAGAGCGCAGGCUGGAUGGAUUGGUUUAAGGACCAGCGAGAGAAGGGACUGGAAUUGUAUUUGGCGAGCCAGUGCUUGACCGGGCCGCUCAACCCGGCCUUGUACCGAUCGGGGUCCACCGCGAUGAAGUUUGGUGCCACGACGACGAGAAGGAUGACAGCUGAGACUGCAGUUGUCAAAAUGAUGCUUUGUCUGGCGUAUACAGACUUGCACCUUAGCUACCCUCUCGCUGGUGAGUUGUAG